AUGGCUUCAGAAGACACGAAAGAUACAGUAACAGUUGGAGAGUUUUUGGAGUUGCAAAAGAUCUUAGAAGAAGAAGCUAGAGAAGUUCUACCAUGGAAUUUUGAUCGCUGCACAUAUAGUAAGGGAUAUUUACGUCAGGCUGUAUAUGCUUGUAAAACUUGCAAGUCUAGCACAGGCUCUGGUCCAGGAGGUGUUUGUUAUUCUUGUUCCAUUGCUUGUCAUGCAGAUCAUGACCUUAUCGAGCUGUUUAACAAGCGUAAUUUCCGAUGUGAUUGCGGAGCAGCACGUUUUGAAGGAAGUGCAUGUCAAUUAGAACCGAAGCCACAAGACGCGUUAAAUGAAAACAACUUCUAUAAUCAUAAUUUUGAAGGCCGGUUUUGCUGGUGCAAGGUUGAAUACGAUCCAGAACGAGAGGAAGCCAAUAUGCAUCAAUGUGUUUUGUGUGAAGAUUGGUUUCAUGAAAAUUGCAUUGAUGGGGAAAAACAAGGAGAAAAAAAUUUUUCGCUGCCUGAUUUGGAUAGCUUUGAAGAAUAUAUCUGUCGCACAUGCACUAGCAAGCAUUCUUUUCUUAAGCUUUAUAAAAACUCGUAUAUGUUCUUCUCAGGAGCAACAGUAAGGAAAAACGAAGAAGUUAAAACAACUGAUAAUGAUAAGAAGCAAAAGAAUGACCAACUUCAAGUUGAAACGUCUGUUUUGACAAAUAAAAGAAAAUUAAGCGACGGCCAGGAAAUCGAUUUAAAAAUUACUGCGUUAUCCAAAAAGGCGAAAAAUGAAAAUGAAUGCAAACUUGAACGAUGGGAAUCUGUUAAGGAUAGCAUUGAUGUUGAUUUAUUUUGCAUACAAAAUUGGCGCGAUGAACUGUGCAGAUGCAACAAGUGUAUGUGCCUUUAUAAAUCGCACCAAAUAGAAUUUAUCCUACAAGAAGAAGAAACUUAUGAACCUCCACAUGAUGAUGAUACACAUACUUCGCUUUUUGACAGCGGAAUGAAGUUUUUAACGCAAAUGGAUAGAGUUACAGCAAUUGAAGGUUUUUAUUUUACGCGAUUUGUUUUAAUUUAUUCGUUAUUUAGUGCAUUGACUCAAACCUUGUUCAUAGGGGCGAUUGCAUAUACCAAACUAAAAGAUGAUCUUGUGGAAUUUUUAAAACCAUUUGAUGAUUCUGGAAAGACAGUGACAGAGCAAGAUGUUCGAGCGUUUUUUGAGUCACCCGAUAUUAGGGUGUCCAGAAUAGAGAUGUACCUUGCAAUUGAUGAUAAUUUCAUCCUCGCGCAAGUUAUUACACCAUACCUUGUGCAAG